UACAACACCCUGUCUACAUUGGAAACAGAGAAUAGGAUGGAGGAAGUUCCGGAGGAAGUUCCGGAGGGCGCCUUUGGCAAGCACAAAUGCGUGCUCAGCAUCGAUGGGGGCGGCGUGCGCGGCCUCAUCCCAGCACAGAUCCUCAUCUUCCUCGAGGAAUGCCUCCAGGAGCUGGACGGCCCCGACGCUCGAAUCGCAGACUACUUCGAUGUAGUCGCCGGGACGAGCACUGGCGGCUUGAUCUCGAUCAUGCUCGCCGCCCCCGAUGCGCAGCGACGACCCUUAUUCACGGCCAAAGGUAUCAACAAGUUCUACCUCGACAAUUGCAAGACCAUCUUCAAUAGAGAUCGCAUGACAUCCAUCCGUGCUAUGUUUGGUCCCAAGUACUCUCCAACAAACUUGGAGCAUUUGCUCGAGAGCUAUCUCAAAGACACGCGAAUCCGAGACACCGUGACCGAGCUCCUCGUCACUGCUUUCGAUACGAGGCUCCAGAAUCCAGUCUUCUUCACCACAGCUGCUGGACGAGUGGAUCCAACCAAGAACGCUUUGCUGCGAGAAAUCGCUCGUGGAACCUCGGCGGCUCCCACGUUUUUCCCGCCAGUGAGAUUCAGCUGCGAGGAUUCCGAGUACCAUUUGACAGACGGAGGUCUCGUCGCGAACAAUCCUACUUUUCUUGCUCUAGUCGAGGCCUUCAAGGAUCCUCAAACCAACAAGCUACUCAAGGAUUCCAAGAGAACUUUACUCGAGCGAUUCAAUGACUGCUUGGUGCUCUCACUGGGAUGCGGCACUCUUCCUUUCAGUUACGAGGCCCAGGAGAUUUCCAAAUGGGGAGCUCUUGGCUGGGUGCUACACAAAGAUGGUGCUCCGAUCAUCAACAUGCUCUUGGACGCGAGCUCGGAUAUGAUGGACAACAACAUCGCUCUCAUGUUUAAAACUGGAUUUUGCGACAAGAACUUGAUCAGAGUCCAGACAACAAGACUGUCCAAGACCACGGCCGAAGUGGACAACUCCACGCCAGAGAACCUCAAAAACUUGGCAGCUCUCGGCCAGGAACUUCUCGACGAGCGAUUGGCACGGACAAACUUUGUUACUGGAAAGUUCCAAGAUGCGACGGCCGAGACGAAUAGAACAGCCAUCAAACGGUUCUCCAAAUGGUUGUCGCUAGAGCGCAAGGCUCGAGAGGCACAACGAGAAGGGGAGCCCGAACAGAUCCACGAGAUGCGAAGAGUCACUUCUGCGAGGUGGAAAAACCCGAGUAAAAUUUCUUAUUCCAAUCUACCGAGACCUUUCAAGAACACACCAAGACUUUGCAACCAUCCUCUUCCCAUCUGGUGCUAAGUAGCGAUCUCACAAGCUCCUUGACGGCUCUUCUAGAUUGCAUUUGCUAUCAAGCUUGUUCACUGUCAUGGUCAUAAAAGGUCAUUUUAAAGCCAAAAAUUCUCCUUCACCAAUGGUAGAAGUUUCAUCCAUUAUACCAUCAGCCGACCCCAUUGUCGAAAUUGCCCCCCUUGGAAAAUCUUGCAUAAUACAGUUUAUGAAUGAGGCA